AGUAAUUUAUAAUUGACAUUGAAGGAAGAAAAUGAAGAUGUCAAUUGUCGGUAACAAAAAUUAGAAGAGGAUAGACAAUAAAAAUAAUUGUUAGAUAUUUUCCGCAAGAUGUCGUGGGGAUUAUUGAUCAAGACGAGAGAAGGGGAAAAAGUUGUCAGUCCAGUUGCACGAGAGUGUGUUGAGUUAGCAAGCCAUUUUGAUUAGUAAUAUGGCGUCGUCAGCGGAUAUUAAUAUGGCGUCUUCGGACAUAAUAACUGAAGUAGAAAUCCAACCGGACAUACAAGAAGUUGAAAUAGAGACAAUACCCGUUGAAAUACCCUGUGAAACAGUUGAAACGACAAUUGAAGGUGACGAUGGACAGCCAAUAAUAUCAUUACAACCACUCCCAGAACCAGGACGUGAAGAAAUUAUUUUACAAACCCAAGAGGAAAUUGUUGGUGGUGAUCCAUUGAGCGUUUACGAUCAAAUACCAGUACCCGAUAACGAUAUUUAUGUUGAAUCAAGUCCUGGACCAUCGCGGAAAACAAAUAAAAAAACACGAAAAUCUGGUAAUACGCGAUUUCGUUCACAAGAUCACGCGAUAUUUAGUGAUAUGGGUACGGAAACUAAAGCUAGAAAGUGGGAGCAGAAACAGGUUCAAAUCAAGACUCUGGAAGGUGAAUUUUCGGUGACAAUGUGGGCAUCUGGAACUGAUGAUGGGAGUGUCCUAUUGACGCAUCACCUGGUGGAUGUUCCAGAUGAAGGCUCAAACCCCGAGCCUGAUCCAGAUUACUCCGAGUACAUGACCGGAAAGAGUAACACCAAGUUCAAUCAUUCUGGCAGUUCAGUGUCCGAUGGUAUGCCCGGACUUGACUUGUCGGAUCCAAAACAACUCGCUGAAUUUGCACGACCUGGACAUAAAUUAAAAGUACGUAAACCACCGGCAAUGGAUGGCGUCGAGCGCACCAUUGCCUGUCCGCACAAAGGAUGUACCAAAAUGUUCCGCGACAAUAGCGCAAUGCGUAAACAUUUACACACUCAUGGUCCACGUGUUCAUGUAUGUGCGGAAUGUGGUAAAGCCUUUGUCGAAAGUUCGAAAUUGAAAAGGCAUCAGUUAGUUCAUACUGGAGAGAAACCUUUUCAAUGCACAUUUGAGGGAUGCGGAAAACGAUUCAGUCUUGAUUUUAAUUUAAGAACUCAUGUGAGAAUUCAUACCGGUGACCGACCUUACGUAUGUCCAUUUGAUGGAUGUAGUAAAAAAUUCGCUCAAUCGACCAAUUUAAAAUCGCAUAUACUGACACACGCUAAAGCGAAAUCGAGAAAUGCUAUUGGAAGACAAGUGUCACAAAUCCAAUUACAACAGCCUCAAUUCGUUCAAGUGGAAGUUGCUGAUGUUGAUAACCAGCAAUUUAUAGUAUAUGCCGAUUAACCCCCUAAAAAAAAAAAAAAAAAAAAAUUAACAGAUCUCCUUUAUUAAAUAAUGUCUACAAAACCCACAAUUAAUAUUAAUUAUAUUGUAAUCAAUAAUUAAUCAUUUAAAAAACUGUGUACAUAUUUAUAAUACGACAUAACGUGGCGCCUGCAACAAUAAUUAUUAUUUAAACAAGAAAAAAUGAAAAUCAACAGAAUCAAUUAAUAAAAUGUAUGUAUUGAUUUAAAAUUGAUACCUAUUGUAAUAAUAGAACACCGGAAGCACUAGAAUUAGGAUUAAAAAUAAAUAAUUAUUAAUGAAUCUGAAAUAAUGUUUGGUGAGAUAAUAUAUGAAAAAAAAAAAAAAAAAAAAAAAACAAACAAAAAGUUUAAUGAUAAUUAACAUGGUUAAUCUUUUUAAUUAAUAUAUACGAGGUAGAUUGAGUACGCAUACUGCUCAAUGUUAUGUCUCAUUAAGGCAUAAUCUAGUAUGUGUACUCGUCACACACAAUGACUGUAUAUAUUUAUAAGUGAAGUUAAAUAUUGUAUACAGUAUAUUUUGGAAAAGAAAACAAACAAAACAAAUUCAAAUUAUAAAUCAUAAAAAUAAUAAUAAUUAUCUCUUUCAACACAAACUUACAUGUAAGCUUUAAUUCCAAGUACAUUAUUAUUAAUAUUAUUAUUAUUAUUGAAUGGCCUAUUGUAUUGAUAGUAAUUAAUAAUUACGUAUUCACAAUACGAAAAGUAAUACGUGAUUGAUAUGUGUACGUAUUCGGCGCCUUUGGUUUAUUAAUUAUUAGAAUAUUAUAUUUAUAUAAUAAAACGAUAAAUGUUA